UAUCGUAAAUAUUGUCCGUGUUGAGUUUGCGAAACCGUGCAACUGUCAACAAGCAUACGUAGUAAUAAAUAGGUUCUUAGCACGAAAUUCUUUUACAUUGUACAUUCGAAAAUAUCUGCCAGCAUGGCUGAUGCGACCGGUGAAAAAUUAUCCAAAAACGAGUUGAAACGCCGUUUGAAGGCGGAACAAAAGACUAAGGAGAAGGCUGAAAAAGAGAAAGAAAAGGAGAAGACUGCUGUUGAGAAUGGAGCUGCAUCAGCUAAGAAAGCUGGCAAUGGUGACAUUAACGAAGCUGAAAUUUCCCCCAAUGAAUUCUUCAAAUUGCGUUCAACUGCCGUAGAGGAAUUGAAGAAAAAUCCCGACACACAUCCCUAUCCACAUAAAUUCAAUGUUACUCUUUCGUUGGAAAAUUUCAUUGAACAAUACAAUAAUGUUAUCUCGGAUGGUGUAACGUUGGAUGUCACAGUGAGUGUCGCUGGUCGUAUACACUCUAUUCGAAAUUCUGGUGCAAAAUUGAUUUUCUACGAUUUGCGCGGCGAAGGCGUCAAAAUUCAAGUGAUGGCCAACGCUCGUGGUUAUGUCAACGAAGAUGAAUACGCUGCGGACACUAAUAAAAUUAAGAGAGGCGACAUCAUCGGAAUUGAAGGUUCACCGGGUAAAACUAAGAAAGGCGAAUUAUCAAUUAUUCCCAAGAAGGUAAUUCAACCUCUAUUUAGAAUGAAAUAUAUCUGGUAGGUGA